AUGUCGUCCAUUUGUUUGGUCCUUUUGCUCUGUGCUCUCGCCAAAGGGUACCCUUCCGAAAGCCCUCAUAGUGCAAGUGACGGACAUCAUCAUUAUUGGGAUCACGACUUCGCUCCGAGCGGCGCCCCUCAAGCUGCAGGUCGCUCAGGCGAUGUUGCUAGAGCUCACGGAGUAGGUGCGAGUGGCGCACCUCAUGCUGCACGUCGCGCAGGGGAUGAGGUUGAAAAUCACAGAUUCGGUAUGAGUGGCACCCAUCCAGCUGCAGAUCGCUCAGGCGAUGCCCCUAGAGUAUAUGGGUAUGUUGCGAGUGGUGCACCUCAAGCUGCAGGUCGCGCAGGGGAUGAGGUUGAAAGUCACAGAUUCGGUGCGAGUGGCACCCAUCCAGCUGCAGAUCGCUCAGGCGAUGCCCCUAGAGUACAUGGGUAUGUUGCGAGUGGUGCACCUCAAGCUGCAGGUCGCGCAGGGGAUGAGGUUGAAAGUCACAGAUUCGGUGUGAGUGGCACCCAUCAAGCUGCAGAUCGCUCAGGCGAUGCUGCUAGAGUACGUGAUUUCGUUGCGAGUGGUGCAUCUCAAGUUGCAGGUCGCGCAGGGGAUGAGGAUGAAAGCCACGGAGAACGUGCGAGUGGCGCCCCUCAAGCUGCAGCGCGAGAAGGCGAUGCCGCUGGGGUAGCAGACUCCAAUGCAGAACGCUCCGAUGCACAAGAUUCUCAAAGUGAAGGAAAUGACAACGCAUCGAGAGCUAGCCCUUUCUUACUUCAGGAAAGAGGAAGAUCUAGGUAUAGAUACAAUAACCGUGGUUUCGAAAGAGGUAAUUACUACCCAUAUGGAUACGUACCCAACGGCGGGCGCCACUAUUUCUUUCCACGAAAUGGAGAAGAUGCUGAAGGGAACGAAGCUGUAGCUGGUGAUUACUCUGCUGGAUCCAGUCCAAAUGCGUCCGCCAGUCGUACCAGCCCAGGAGUAGAUGAGGCCCCUGGCUGCUGUGGUAAUGCAGAAGCUGAACGUGAAGGAGGUAGCGGCUCUCACAAUGGACCAGGAGGUUACGUUUAUGGUGCAGCGUCCAGACAUGGCGCCGGGUCAAGCAAGCACGCAGAUGCGGAAAAAGAGAAUCCUAGUGCUUAG